AUCAUCGUCCUGGCAAUCGAUUGAUUUGAUUGCUUGCCAAAGUUCAGGAGACGGCUCUGGCUCCACAUUUGCUCUCAAAUCGACAGCCUUUUUUGUCUGGGCCAUAAAGAAUGAAAAUAGGGUCGGGGUGGAGUGAGCCCAGUGUUGUUGCCUUGGGAUGUUUCGGAUUAUUGACGUCCUUUUAUUCUUUGCUCACUCGACUUCUCUGAAAUUCAUUCUUAUUUUUAAAAGUACCCUUACUCGAUCCUCCAUUUCAUCUCGAUCGGUCCUCAACCUGACACCUCUCACAUCGACCUUCGCCCCUUGGACUCCAGACCAGACACCCCUCCACUUAUCGCGAUCUUACCUGACCUCACCUACUAUCUGUCUGCUGCUGCUGCCUUAUCGCACUGUGUAUAUAGCACCACUAAAGAGAAAUGCUGGGAGCAGGAAUUCUGGCUCUCCUCCCGUUGGCAGCGGCGUCCUCACUUCUCCCCCGACAAACUGCAUGCAAUAACUCGCCGAGUCUGUGCUCCAAGUCCUAUGGCGACAUUACGCACCUAGGGGCGCACGACAGCCCGUUUUUGCGGGAUUCGUCGACGUCGAAUUCGAUGUUUGGGAAUCAGUACUACAACACUACUGUUCAACUCAGUGCUGGCGUCCGGUUAGUAACAGCCCAGGUGCAUAAGAGCGAUUCCGAAUGGCAUCUGUGUCACUCGGGCUGUAGUUAUUUGGAUGCUGGGAAGUUGAGUACGUGGUUGGCGGAGAUUAAGACUUGGCUGGAUUCUAACCCCAACGACGUCGUUACUGUCCUCCUGGUGAAUUCGGAUGACGCUACAGCCUCCGACCUCAAUUCCGAGUUUGAGACAGCGAAUAUCACAGACUACGCGUACACACCAACGUCACAGACCUCCGCGCCGAGCUCCUGGCCCACCCUGCAAGAACUCAUCAACAAUGGAACGAGACUGGUGACCUUUGUGGCCUCGUUAGACGCCUCCAGCAAUACAGUAGCGCCGUAUCUCAUGGACGAGUUUACAUACGUCUUCGAAAACCCAUACGAUGUCGCGUCGCCGUCAAAUUUCUCCUGCCAGCCCCAACGGCCCUCCAGCGUCAAGAACGAUAUUUCCGCGGCACUCUCGGACAACAUGCUCCCGCUGAUGAACCACUUUCUCUACGAGACCAUACUUCUGAACGUGCAGGCCCCUAAUGCCAGCUACGUAUCCACGACGAACGCUGCGUCCGGAGGGGUCGGCAACCUUGGCACCGCAGCGUCCAAUUGCACGACUGCCUACGGCCGUCAACCAGCUUUCAUCCUGGUCGAUUUCUUUGACCAGGGCCCGGCCAUCAAGACCGUGGAUAGUCUCAAUGGCAUCACCGAUGCUGUCGGCCGCACAAACGUUACAUCUGUGACCCAGGCACAGGAGAGCGCAGCCUCGACUUACUCGAAUGUUUUCAAGGGUCUGGUGGAUCUCGUUCAGAAGGCCCAAGCCGGAGCGAACCCAAGUAUGGGUGAAUGGAUCUGGGCUGGUGGCGACUGGGGAAGCCUACUCGGUGGAGGUAUCACUUUAUAAGCAUGAUUCCAUUGUCUUGCCUUCCUUUCUCUUCUUUUUCUCCUUUUAGCUAUGUUUAGCUUUCGUCAUCCUUUCUUUUGUAAUAUUUAUAGUCUGGUUGGACAUAUGCAGGAUUCUCAAGGCUGUUACGGAUCUCAGUCACCGCAGUGUUUGGAUAGUUAUACAUAAUCAGGUCGACGUGUUAUAUAGUGCAUAGGAUCGGCGUUUUGGCAAUCUGUCCUGGCCAGAAAUUGAGUCGUUUCAGCAGAGACGACAUCUGACUGUUUUGUGUCCAUCAGUGACUUUUAAUCUAGUGGGUAGAAUAUAUAAGAUCAGCUUUUUUGUGUCGAGUAUCUAUUCCGUAAAAAACUGCCAUUUAUAGCUCAGCUGUGACCACGGAAGAGUUUCCAACCAUUUA